UGAAGGCUCUAAUUUCCUAGGAAAUCCUGGUAUAGAAUAGUAUAUAUAAAGCUGCUUUCACAUUGGAUCUAAAUCUAGCAAGAGCACAAAAUAAUGGAAGUUUCAAAUCAACUCCUACUGACAUUAAUCACCUUGCUCAUUUCCACUACUGCUGUUCAGGCUCAAUUCAGAGGAUGCUUCACUGAUUCUGGCUGUACUGGUGCUGUGGGACCUUCCAAUGCUGAGGACUGUUGUGUCAAUAAUAAUGCAGGACUGUAUUACAGUGAUGGUGGUCAAUGCUUCCAGUGUAUAGUGUACAGCUUUGGUUCGGACACCUUCACUAGACCAGAGGCCCCAUUUCCUUAUGAUGUUCCAUUUGCAUACUUCAAGGGUCCAUCUAAUGCACAGCUUAGGGUGACCAUUAACUACAAUAGGGAAGGAACAGCUUCAGAGGAGGAGUUUGGUAUAGGUCAGAGUGUUGUUUCUCUACCUCUCAACCCUGGCGGAACUACCGCCAUCACCUUCCAAGCAGACAGAGUGGCAUUGGAACCAGAUGAGACUUUUGUGUUGGACUUGGUAUUGAUUGGUGUGGCCAAUGUUAACCGAGCAUUUUUUGAUCCAUCUUUGCCAAAUGCUUUCCUUCGGAGUAGGCAGGAGUUCAUUAUACAGGAUAGCACUGUCAUCAUUUUUCGGCUGAGAGAGAGCAACAGAGUUGUAGAUGAGGACAAUGGCUUCAUCCCCAUUGAGGUGGCAGUGGCUAAUGAAGUGGAACUGGCCUCCGAUAUCUCACUAGUUCUGACACCCAUGAUCGCUGCUGAAGAUUUUAGGCCUCUACCAACUACCAGACCAUUUGCAAGAGCAAACACUAUUUCAGACAGGAUAGAUUUCUUUACUACACCCAUCACACUGAAUUUUAUGGCUAGUGGGACGACUGUUUUAUCUGGAGAUAUACUGAUAAAUGAUGAUAUGAUUGACGAGGCCUUGGAGUAUUUUGUGGUUACUUUAACUUUUCAAGAUCCCGAUAAUGUGCCACCAUCAGCUUCAAUUGAAAGCAAUGGUGGCGAUAUAAUUCGCAUCGACAUUAUAGACAACGAUGAUAUCUUUAUUGGAUUUGCCCUACCAAGUACAACAUAUCCGGAGGAAGAAAGGGAUCACCGAAUUCAAAUUAUCAAAGGAGAAGGCAAUGUCACUGAACAAACCAUCAUCUUUGUGGUUAAUUUGUUCCAAACUGUUCCACCUGGACUUGGAACUGCCACUCCCUCUGCUGGCGGAGAGGACAAUGAUUUCUUUAUUCCAUCAUCAAAUGUACGAUCAAUAGAACCAGAGGAAAAUAACACGUUUGUAUAUGGUUUGACUAUAUUUGAGGAUGAACUGCCUGAGGUAACAGAAGCUGCUCAACUCAGACUAACUCUACCCACUGAUGGAAUGUUCCCAAGGUUUAAGACCCUCCCCCAAUACCCUAGCUUCUUCAUUAUUAUUGAAGAUGACGACAUGCAGUGGAUUCUUAGGAGUAAACAUUGGUUUCCAACAAACCUUGUACACUGUCAGUGAAGGCAUUGUAUCUCAGGAAGUUUGUGUGAGAAUAUUUCAUCCUCCCAUAUCUGAUCGUAUCACGGUUACUAUCAAUGUCACGGUUCAGACUGUAGCCGGUACAGCAAGUGAAAGUGACUACAGUGCUCUUUCUGGUUUUAUUACUUCAAUCACUCUGAAUAAUGCUAAUCGUCUGAGAUGUAUAAACAUUCGAAUAACAAAUGACAACGUGUAUGAAAAUGAUGAAAGAUUUUCUCUGAGGCUAGUUG